AGGAGCCUCUAGAGAGGGCAUCCGGUUCCGGUUUUCUUUCCCGCCUUUCCCGCGGUAUUUACGCGAAACUUUUAAAAAUGGCAUGGUGUAUCGCCUGCACGUUAUCAAUAUGCUGCCGGGCCCCCUUCCUUUGAUUUCCUGUCUGUCCUGACUGACUGACCUGACAACUUGUCUCACGUGAAUCCGGUAUAAUGACUUCGCUUAACAAUAUGCAAGAGCUCAAGGCCAAGAUAAAAGCAUGGGAGAAGAAGUUUGCAACGGAGUUUGGACGAAAACCUACUUCUGCUGACAUCAAGGAGUCUCCACCUGAUGUUCUAGGAGCGUAUAUUAAAUACUGGAAAACAAAAAGAUCCAGCUCGGAAGCUAAACCGUCAGUUUGUGUUGAGGGUAAAGACAAUGUUUGGAGCCAUUCACUAAACAAAACGAAGACGCCGGUGUCAAAGGAUGCUGGGCAGGUGGCCUCUACCUCUAUUUAUGAGAGAAAAAUCAAGGCAAAGCUGUUUGCUUCAUUUGACUUUGAUUUCCAGUGUUUUCCAAGAAAAAGUACCAACUCCCUUAGUCAGCCAGCGAAAAGUGGACAAGAUGAGGCUACUUCUGCAAAGCAGCGAUGCCAAAGUGAAGGGGCUACAAUGGCUGGUGAAAGGUGUUCAUUAACAUGUGGCACAGUACCCCAAACUGCUGCAGGCCAGUGUCACAGGGAAGAAACUGCAGAUGCCGUCAAAGAUAACUCCAGAAGUGCCUCCUGCAGGGCUGUGGUCUCGCCUGUCAAGGGCCCGUCGAUACCGCAAACACUGUACUAUAAAAAGUCCCUCGAUGAUGCGUGGCUCUCUAGGAACAGUCAGACUGACGAAGUUUUUGUGACGCCUUCCCAGUCGUCUUUGCCUGUCGUGUCUCGGCUGCUUCCCAACCUUAGGAGCUCCAGCGUUUCUGACAAAGUUUACGUUAAGAGCAAAGUCGGCACUAGCUCACAGUGGUCCAGCAUGUCUCAGGAUGACUUUGACGAGGUGUUUCUGAAAUCUCCAGUUGCUGAAAGGCCCGACGUUCCGUUCGAGCACUCUGAGCAUUUGCAUACUGCGCGACCAAGUGCCAUCCAAGUGGGGAAGAGGGAUGGGCUUUUUGUGACACCGCCUGUGGCACAGCUUGAUGUCAAGGGAGACUCGAAAGAAGCCUCCUUGGCAGACAAACCAGCGAAAUUGCACAGUAGUUUGCGUAGCAGACGCACCAAAACGAGUCCACAACAGAAACGAGCCGGGGAUAAGGAACAGGUGAAAAGCUUAGCAGGUUCCGUGUUUGAAUUUGUGGACGAUUCUCCGAAACCUAAGGAAACCAAAAAACGACGGCGUGCUCCAAGGGAAGGAGCCGCGGAAAAGCCGAAAAGAAAAAUAUUGAAACCAAAAGAGGUGCUCUCGGAGCUAGAUGUUUCUGAGGGGCCAAAACGCAAAAGACUGAGGACAAAACAAGUGACUUCUGAGCUUGCGCUAACCGAGGAGCCGACGGGCGAAGUCUCUGUGGAGCCGAAGGGCCAAAAAGUUAAGACAAAACAAUGUGUACCUCAACGCACACUAGCCGAGGAUGAUGUGCCGUCUGGAAAAUGCAGCAGGGUGGCACCUAGGAGGGCUGUGAAGAGCAGCCUUCAGAGACGGGUGGAAGCGGGCACAGUCAAUGAAAACUUCGUCCGGAUCGAUCUGAAAAGGAAAAGAUUUUCCCGUGGCCAUCACAAGUUGAACGUUAGAAAACUGAAGUUCAAGGAGUGGAAGCAAAGAAAAAAUGGAGCUGCAAAAGGCAACACACAUCAGCCAGGAGGGACAUUCAGAACUGGCUCGAGUGGGAAGGCAACGUCGACAUGCUUCAAAUGUGGCCUACUUGGCCAUUGGGCAAGAUCAUGUCCAGGAAAUGCAGUGAUCAAGCUUGACGCUGCUGCUGAACAGAACGAGCAAGAGGUUUUCCAUUUGCCAACUCUGGAAGAAGCUGCUGAAAUGGCACGUGGUGUGAAGCUGCAAGGGGAUCAGUCGGCAACACCUACCCAAGUUUUUAGCCGAGAUGAUACAACACUAGAUCAAGGAGCCUCUGGUACAGAUGAUGUGAUGCCUACCCAAAGUCAGGCUUUUCAUUCUGAAAAUGCUUCUUCAACAGUCCAACCUCUUUUAGAAGUCAGUGUGGAAGGCAAACUUCCAGACACACCAGAGUUUGUUUUCAAGACGUUGCACAAGAUGGGGUUUUCAAAGUUCAGACCUGGUCAGGAGGCUGCUAUCAUGAGGAUACUGUCUGGCAUGUCAACACUACUGGUGUCGUCAACUGGAUCUGGAAAAUCCCUCUGCUACCAGAUUCCCGCCUACCUUUAUGCUCAAGAGAGAGAAUGCAUCACUCUGGUGGUGUCUCCAUUAAUUUCUCUCAUGGAGGAUCAAGUGGUGGGUCUGCCACCGUGCCUGAAGGCGGCUUUCCUGCACAGUGGAAUGCCGCCCGCCCAGAAACAGCAGGUCCUGGAGCAGCUCAAGGACAGGAGCAUCCACUUCCUGCUCGUGUCUCCCGAAAGCCUUGUCCAGAGCAGUUCCAUGCUGAACCAGCUGCCUCCAGUGGCUUUCGCCUGCAUCGACGAAGCCCACUGCCUCUCGGAGUGGUCCCACAACUUCCGUCCCUCCUACCUUCAACUGUAUAAGAUUCUGACAACCAAGCUCAAAGUGAGGUGCAUCCUGGCACUUACAGCUACAGCUACUCGGAGCACAUGUCUAAGCAUUGCAGAACACCUUUGCAUAGAAGACUGCACCAGUGGGAUCAUUGGAACACCUGCGAUUCCGGACAAUUUGGUUUUAUCCAUCUCUGAGGAGGAGUAUCGUGACGAAGCUCUAAUAGCACUGCUGAAAGGCAGCCGCCUUGGAAGCUGCGAAAGCAUCAUCGUGUACUGCACACGGAGAGAAGAAACGGAGCGACUGGCUUCUUUGAUUCGCACCAGCCUGCAGAGUCACGAGAAACACCCGGAGGAGGAGAAAAACCCAAAAGGUCCCAAAAGUAGGAGGUCAUACCUUGCCUGGGAUGCCGAAGCGUAUCACGCAGGAUUGACUUCUUUCAGACGGCGGUCGAUACAAAAGAAGUUCAUGACAGGCAAGCUGCGUGUUGUUGUGGCCACAGUCGCUUUUGGAAUGGGUAUUGACAAGGCGGACAUCAGAGCCAUAAUUCAUUACAACAUGCCUAAAAGCUUUGAGAGCUAUGUCCAGGAAGCAGGACGUGCUGGGCGGGAUGGCCUCACGUCACACUGUCACUUGUUCCUGGAGCCUGAGGGGAGAGAUCAGUAUGAACUGAAGAGACAUAUAUAUGCAAACUCCACGGAUCGUCACGUUAUCAGAAAGCUGCUCAAGAAGAUAUUUUCGCCCCUGACUUGCCAACAAGGCACAAGCAACGAUGGCACUACCUCGAAACAAGUCUCAUUCUAUGAGGUUGCCAUACCUAUUGAUGCCACCGUUGAAGAACUGGACAUGAAAGAAGAAAACAUUCUGACCCUGAUAUGCUUCCUCGAGUUUCACCCUAAAAAAGUGGUGCAAGUUUUCAACAAGGUGUACGCAACAUGCACCCUGAAGUGCUAUGGUGGUCCGCAACAAUUGAGGUCUGUUGCAUCAAAGAAUGCACCAGUGGCAGCUGCAAUGGCACUGGCUCGCCAAAAAGGGGAGUAUGAUGAAGACAGCAACUCUCUGAGCUUUGCUGUUGUGGAUGUUGCCAGCUACAUGGGCUGGGAUUCCAAACUUGUCAAGAAAGAUCUGAAGAAUCUGGAGUGGGACAACUCUCUGUUGCAAACCACAGGACACAUGAGGAAAAGUGGUGUGAUCGUGGAGUUUUCGGACUUGUCUUUCCAUCUCAGUGUGGCCGCUGAUUUGUCGGAAGAAGAUAGGGAUGACUUGUUGGAUUACCUUUACGACAGAGUCAACAAGCAAGAACGUAUGGAACUUCAACGUUUAAAGCAAGUUCACGCUGCAUUUCAAAGUGUGGCCUACCAAGGCUACUUUGAGUGUGUUGACGACAUCAGCACAAAGAAGAGCGACAGCCUCAAGCAGCUGAUACACCAGUACUUCAAUGAGGAGCUGGAUCCUUCAGAGGCUGAGGAAGACAACUCUCCACCAAGUGAGGACAUUGUGGUUAGCCUUCAAAGAGACAUUCGGAGCCUGGUCGGAACGCACAGAGACCACACCUUCAAUGGUCGGGCAGUGGCGAGAAUAUUCCACGGCAUUGCGAGCCCCUGCUUCCCAGCUCAGGUCUGGGGCAGAGUCCACCGGUUCUGGAGGAGCAACUUGGACAUAGAUUUUAAUGCCAUCGUCAGGAUUGCCAACCGCGAGCUGGUGUCUUUUCGGUAGCCAAGUGUCAUAACCACUGGACAACUGCCGAUUGAGGCUGGCUAGUUUUACGAAGUGUACAUACCCAUUACAGCAUCCCUUUUGUUUUGAAAUGGAAUUUGCACAUAAAUCGAGCGCAUUACAUACUUUGA